GAGCUGAGUGACCUGCAGCGAGAUCCUCCAGCCCACUGCUCCGCUGGACCUGUGGGAGAUGACUUGUUUCAUUGGCAAGCAACUAUUAUGGGACCUAUUUGUGCAGGUCACAAAGAUGUUGUGUGUUUUAAAACUCCCUGAUGUCAUCAUGAUGACCUGAAUUAUGUUGGAAAAUCCUACUCUUUGCGUCUGCAAAGAGAAACCACUUCUUAAGCCUGAUAGUGCCUAUCAAGGGGGAGUGUUUUUUCUCACAGUACACUUUCCAACAGACUAUCCCUUCAAACCACCAAAGAUUGCUUUUACAACAAAAAUAUAUCACCCAAACAUAAACAGUAAUGGGAGUAUUUGUCUGGAUAUCCUGAGGUCACAAUGGUCACCAGCUCUGACUGUAUCUAAAG